AUCCAGUAGUAAAUGGUGUGAGUUGUUACCUAAAGAAGUGUAACCAGAAAUUAACCUGAAGCGACACCAAAAUCCUAUCUUUCACCUAUACGUAAUUAAUAUGCAAGCUCCACCCUAAAAGGAGAGGUAUAUGCAAAUAAACUCACAAUACUUACUACCUGGAGAAACUAAAUAACGAGCACACUGACUGAAGUGAAUGGUCAGCUCUACAACAUGACGUCCUGCACCACAGACUGCAUUGAAAAGCCCAUCCGGCGCUGUUUUGAAAGUCUCGGUAAAUUCGUCGGUCUUCACCCGUGGUGGUUUGUCGUUUUACCUCUUGUGAUGUCCGCAGGUCUCGGAGGAGGAUUUUUCUUUCUGAACGAGCUGAAAUCCGACGACAUUGUGGAGCAGUUUACCCCGAAAAAAGGGCGCGCGAAAAUGGAGAGGCGUUUCUUUCAGGAAACUUUCCCUCAGAGCGACUCUCAGUUUUCCGUUAUUCGCAUUAACACUGACGGGGUUUUUGCGUCCUUGAUAUUUUCCUCACAGUCAAACAUACUCAGUGUUACAGCGCUCGACGAAAUCAUCCGUAUUGACGUAAAAAUUAAAAGAUUCAGCGUAAGUUUGGACACAAAUACAUUUGCGUUCUCGGAUAUUUGCGCAGAUGUGAACGGAACGUGUAACUCUAACGUAAUUCUCGAUGUUUUCGGUUACAACGCCAGUAAUGUCAGUUUCGUCAACAUGACGUAUCCUAAAUACUGCCGGUCUGAAUUCAACUGUGUCCACUUGGGAAAUGUCAUAAGUGAAGUGGAAGUGGAUCAGGAUGGAUUUGUCCAAAGUGCCAAAGCUGUGAGGCUUUUCUAUUAUCUGCAAGAAAACAAUGACACACUGACAGAUGCCUGGCUUCAGAAAUUGAUGGACGUGCUCUCUAAUGUAACCACAUCACAAACUGAAGUAUCUUAUUUCACCUCCAUGUCAAGACAGCAGGAGUUUGAGAAGAGCACCCGAUCUGUCACUCAACUUUUCGCAGUUACUUAUUUUCUUGCCAUCUCAUUUUCAAUUAUGUCUUGUCUGAGGUUUGACAAUGUGAGGAAUAAGGCAUGGCUUGCUUCUCUCGGAGUUUUUUCCACUGCACAGGCAGUGCUGUCCAGCUUCGGGUUGCUGUUACUCUUGAAUGUGCCAUUUGUUAUUACAGCUGCAUCUUCUCCAUUCCUCAUUCUUGGAAUCGGUAUCGACGACAUGUUCAUCAUGAUCUCCAGCUGGCAGCGGACCAACAUUCAAGACUCUGUGCCAAAGCGCAUGUCCGACACCUACAGAGAAGCUGCCAUUUCCAUCACAAUAACCACUCUGACCGACGUCCUGGCCUUCUACCUGAGCUUCAGCAACCCUUUCGGCUCCGUUCAGUCUUUCUGCCUCUACGCGGGCACAGCCGUCCUGCUCUGCUACUUCUAUAACAUCACUUUCUUCGGCGCCUGUUUGGCUCUGAAUGGCAGAAGGGAGGGUGCUAACAAACACUGGUUGACUUGCAUGAAGGUACCAGAGGAGAUGCCACCUGGAGAGUCUAAAGCGUACACUCUCUGCUGUGUUGGAGGGUCAUACAACCGUAACACAGGAACCGAAGAGGAACAUCCAAUGGCGUUGUUCUUUAGGAAGUGCUAUGGCCCGUUUUUGACAACAUCCUGGUGUAAAGCAUUCGUAGUGUUGAUCUACUUCACAUACAUCGGAGUUAGUGUUUACGGCUGCCUCCAACUGAAGGAGGGCAUAGAUCUCAAGAACCUAGCGCUUGAUGAUUCAUACAUCAUCCAGUAUUACGAUGCAGAAAGCGCUUACUUUCAUUAUUACGGUCCGAAUGUGAUGCUGGCCAUCAAUGGGACGUUUCCAUAUUGGGAGGAGAGCGAACGCAAUCAACUCGAGACUUGCAUCAAACGAUUUCUGGAGCUCGAUUUUGUCAACUCGUCAACAUCUUGGCUUCAUGCUUUCGAAAGGUAUGGUGUUGGUAGAAACAUCAGCUCAGAAGCUUCAUUUAAAACACAUCUGCAUGAGUUUCUCGAGCACAAUCCAAUGCUCAAACAGGAUGUUAACAUAACCGAUAAUAACAUAACAGCAUCUCGCCUGUUCCUCCAGACGAUUGUUCAGAAUGCAACAGAGAAGACUGUAGUGAACUCUUUAAGGAAGACAGCAGAGAUAUGUCCAUACCAAUUGCUGGUCUACCAUCCUGCGUUCAUCUACCAUGAUCAAUACACAGUAAUUGGGCAGGUCACUCUUCAGACGAUCGCGGUAUCAACCGCAGUCAUGCUCUUCAUCGCUCUUAUGCUGAUUCCUCAUCCUCUUUGUGCUCUAUGGGUGGCUUUUGCCAUCGCUUCUGUCAUUUUGGGAGUCACCGGCUUCAUGGCUCUCCUAAACAUACGCCUGGAUUCCAUCUCCAUGAUUAAUCUGGUCAUUAGCAUCGGCUUCUCGGUGGACUUUUCAGCCCAUAUCUCCUACACGUUUGUGUCCAGCACUAAGUCUGAUGUCAAUGGGAGGAUUGUGGAGGCACUGGCACACCUAGGUUACCCUAUACUACAGGGGGCGCUGUCUACAGUUGUGGGGGUGGUGGUGCUUUCAGCUUCCAGCAGCUACAUCUUCAGGACACUCUUCACCAUUGUGCUUCUAGUCAUUACUUUAGGGCUGCUUCAUGGGAUUGCUUUUAUCCCAGUGUUUCUGACUUUCUGUGGAUUUUGCCACAAGAUAUUGAAGCACUGAAUUUGACUAUCAAGCCUUUUUCUUCGACUAUCGUCUCUGGUUUACAAUUUUGAUAAUUAAAAGAAGACAAAUGGGCCUUAUUAUACUGUAAAGAUGCAUCGACAGACUGAGGAUCCAUUUGCAGCUUUAUUAAAUCACAAUAGGAUGAUCGUACAGGCAGGGUCAGGAAGGAGAAAUUUAACUUAGAGUUCGUGAACAGGCGAUUGAUGGAGGUGGUAUACAGCAGAGAGAGUGAUCCAUUACACAGAGCAGAAAGUCACAGAAGGCAGGCGGCAUCAACAAUCACAGAAACGGGGAAACUGUCCACGGUCAAAACACAGAAUCAGGUCAGAAUAUAGGGAAUAGGGGCAAAAACAAGACUUCGCAAUGAGUAGCAGCGGAGAUGGAGUGUAAAUAGUCAUUGGGAAAACUUUCAGGUGCCAGGGCAAUCAGACGGGAGGAAUGCUGGGAGAUGUAGUGAAACUGAAUUAGUAGUCCGGUGACUGUGACCUCUGGUGGCGAUCGGGGGGGAACCACAGAGGUCGGAGGUGUUACACAUACAUCUGGCGCAAGAUGUGUAUGGUGCAAUUUGUUGCUAUUUUCAGACCAGCUCAAUCUUAAUUCUCACGUUUUCUGCCACGUUGUUUAAAUAGCAAAUCCAUUAGCGCUGCUUUGCGGAAUCAUGGGUGUGCCGGUCUAUAAAGGAGGUGUGUGUUAAGGCGCAUUGUUGGCGUGUUGCUUUUUUGAGGAACUGAAGUAGACCGCACAAUUGACAAACUAAAAGCUGCUCUAAAGUCCAGCCCAAAGCGCAUUAGUUAUGUGCCUAUGCAGGUCCAAACAAUUACACAUUGCUUAAUACACUCAGGAUAUACAGCAACACACAAAUAUAGUUACAUAUGAAAACAGAUUAAAGGAUUAAAAA